ACGUCACAGACACGUGCCCGAUCACGUGACCCCCCGGAGCCGCCGCUGCUCUGCUGCUGCUGCUGAAGUUUCUAUGAUGGCGGCCAGUAAUUAUUAUGGAUUCACACAUGCAGCCGCUGCUGCCGCCGGCCCGCAGUACAGCGCCCAGCCGCCUCCAGCAUAUUCCCACCCAACCACGGGCAGCUAUAGCGUCCAGCCCGCCCCCGGAGUGGCCCACGCGGUGACGGCCUCGUACCCUGUGCCCACUGCCCAACCGGCCCGUCCCGCAGUGACCGCCCCCUACCCCACCUACCAGCCCCAUCCCACCCCCAACUACGGCUACCGGCCGCCCGAAACGACCCCGCAGCCCACGACCACCCCGCAGACAUACCAGGUGUUGACUGAACCGGAGAAUUAUACUUACGGCCGCCCGCCGUCGGUCAGCAGCUUCGAGAACAAGCAGUAUUUCCAGACGAGCAUCACUCCUGCGCAGAGAACCGUGACAGAGGCCUACUUCCAGACAGGGCUGAAGAGUGGCUACAGCCCCGUGACCACAGUGUACAGUCAGCCGGUCCAAAGACAGGUCUCGGCUCUGAAACCCCCCCCCGCCGCCAGCGCAGUGUCCUCCAGCUACACCAUCUACCCCACGUCCACCAGCGUCCAGCAAACCCCAGCCCCCAUAUCCACUUACACACACAGCUCUUCCUUCAACUCCACAGCCGCCACGUCCUACUCCGCCGGCCUCAGUUACUCCAGCUAUGAGUCUAGCGGUUACACGUCGGCGCCGUCGUACUUCCAGCCUCAGGCUCCUCUUCAACAGCCUCCGCCUCCACCGCCACAGCAGACGCAACCGCCUCCCAAACAGCUCGCCAACUCGUCCUGGAGCGGCGGCCCCGCCGUCAGCGCGUACAAGAAGCCCGUCUUCCACCAGAACAAGAUCCAGAAGCCCAAAGGCCCGCCGAAACAGCCUCAGCUGCACUACUGCGACAUCUGCAAGAUCAGCUGCGCCGGGCCACAGACGUAUCGAGAGCAUCUGGAAGGACAGAAGCACAAGAAGAAGGAGGCGUCUCAGAGCAGUGUCAGUCAGGUGACCAACGGGCCUCGCGGCGUGCAGACGCAGUUGCGCUGUGAGUUGUGUGACGUCUCCUGCACCGGCGCCGAUGCGUAUGCCGCACACAUUCGGGGAUCCAAGCACCAGAAGGUCGUGAAGUUACACACCAAACUUGGCAAACCCAUCCCUUCCACCGAGCCUGUGUUCGUGAGCUCCGCCUCUGUUGCCAUGACGAUCACUACUAGUAAAGCAGCGGCGGCGGCAGCGACGACGACGACAUCCGCUCCCACCCCUGCAUCAGUGGCGCAGAAGAUGCUAGCGGCGGCUCCGUCCAAACCUGUGAGAAAACCCCCCGCUGCUAAAGUGGCCAUCAUCGGCAGCCGAGCCUCCACAGCGGCUCCGGUGAAGAUGGAGGAGGUGAAGCCGGCCGCGGUGAAGACGGACCCUUCCAGUGAGGAUGAGGACGGUGAUGGAGCCGGAGCUCAAGGAGACAUUCAGCCUGUGGGACACGAUUAUGUAGAAGAGGUUCGAAAUGACGACGGUAAGGUGAUUCGCUUCCACUGUAAACUGUGUGAGUGCAGUUUCAACGAUCCCAACGCUAAAGACAUGCACCUGAAAGGACGGAGACACCGGCUGCAGUACAAGAAAAAAGUGAACCCAGACCUCCCUGUGGAGAUCAAGCCCAGCAAUCGAGCGCGGAAGCUUCUGGAAGUCAAGCUGCGCAAACAGAAGCAGAAGUCUGUGCUGAAGAGACAGCAAGAGGACGAGCAGCGCUGGCACAUGGAGAUGAGCAGGAGGUACGAGGAGGACAUGUACUGGAGGAGGUUGGAGGAGGAGCAGUUGUACUGGGGGGAUCAGAGGCGCAGGAUGGCUCCGCCUCCUCUGAUGGGCCGGCCCAACAUGCCGGUGCCGCCCCUACUGCCCGUGCGGCGGCCAGAUUCGCCCGACGACCGGCACAUCAUGUCCAAACACUCGGCCAUAUACCCGGUGGAGGAGGAGCUUCAGGCCGUCCAGCGAAUCGUCUCGCAUGCUGAGCGCGCUCUCAAACUGGUGUCUGAUUCGCUGCUGGAGAAGGAGGCGUGUUCUGCGGACGACGACGCCGAUGACGUGACGGACAAAAAGUCCGAGUCUCAGGCUCGUGUUCUCAAGGGAGUCAUGCGUGUGGGAAUCCUGGCUAAAGGUCUCCUCCUGCGCGGCGACCGCAACGUGCAGCUCAUCCUGCUAGCGGCCAAGAAGCCCACCGUCACUCUUCUGAGAACCGUCGCGGAGCAGCUGCCCAAACAACUAGCGACCUUUUCUGAAGAUCAGUAUGAGGUGCAGGUACACCCUGAGGAAGCCAACAUCGUCAUUUUUUCAAGCAAGGAACCAAAAAUGCAGGUCACCAUCUCUCUUACCUCGCCAGUGAUGCGCGAAGACCCCGUCCCCAACAUGGAGAAAGUGUCGGAGAAAGACCCUCCGGAUGUCCUCAACCGGAUCAAGUGCCUUGAGUAUUUAGCGGCUCUGCGACAUGCUAAAUGGUUUCAGGCUCGGGCAAACGGUCUUCAAUCUUGCGUCAUCAUUAUUCGGGUUCUGCGGGACCUGUGUCAGCGCGUACCUUCCUGGGGCAAGAUGCCCGACUGGGCUAUGGAGCUGCUGGUGGAGAAAGCCAUUAGCAGUGCAACCGGUCCGCUAGGCCCCGGAGAGGCUCUGAGGAGGGUCCUCGAAUGCAUCACCACUGGGAUUCUCCUGCCUGAUGGUCCAGGUCUUCAAGACCCCUGUGAGAAAGGUCAAACGGACUCUCUGGGAAGCAUGUCGAAGCAAGCGAGGGAAGACGUGACCGCGAGCGCACAGCACGCACUGCGACUGCUGGCUUUCCGUCAGAUCCAUAAAGUUCUGGGCAUGGGCUCCUUAGCGGCCUCUAAAGCCGCCGCUCGAAACCGCAAGAGGCGGCGAGAGGCCAGCGACCCCGGGGAGGGAGAAACCGACGGAAAGAAGGAUAAAAAAGAGGAUUCCAACCAUCCUUGAGAUGUCUGCGUGAUCUUCUACGUCCUCUACAAUGUAUAAAUAUCACUCAAAGAGGAAAAAAUAGCACUUGAUGGUUCCGUUUUCUCAAAA